UCCGUUUCCCUCAUCAGUCGUGAGACUUCAGGGAAGAUGUCUUCACUACACGCCUUCCUGGUCGGGGUGUCUCUCCUCCUCCUCAUGCCCUGUGUCAUCCAUGGAACAGUCGAUUUUCACAUGUAUAAACGCUUCGUGGAGAGCAACUGCUUGUCUUUAGGAAGGAUCGCCCAAGACAUCUGCCCCAAUACAGAGGCUGCAUGUCUCCCAGUUUUUGAAUUGGUUGAAUACUGCGAAAGAUUCUGUGGGGCACACGUCAUGGAUAAAAGCCUUCUCUACAGCGCUAUCAUGCCAGGAAAUAUUCCAAGAUUGAAUGAAACAAUGUGCAGGUACUGCGCCAGGGAUCCCAUGGGCUUGACCUGCGAUAUUCUCAAGUUCCUUUUUGGUGCUGCCGAAUGUAUUAGUACAACAACUUCGACCACAACAACUUCGACCACAACAACGAUGCCGCCUACAACUGCACCACCAUGCGUCGCCACUGGCAUCGCAUGUCUUGCCCCUGCUAGCUGUGUUGUCCCAAUUCCCGGUCUCCAGUGUCCAGCCGGUAUGACGUGCUGCGUCGCGCCGGCGAUGACAACGACAACGACCAUGCCACCAUGCCUCGCCACUGGCAUCGCAUGUGUUGCCCCUGCUGGCUGUGUUGUCCCAAUUCCCGGUCUCCAGUGUCCAGCCGGUAUGACGUGCUGCGUCGCGCCGGCGAUGACAACGACAACGACCAUGCCACCAUGCGUCGCCACUGGCAUCGCAUGUGUUGCCCCUGCUGGCUGUGUUGCCCCAAUUCCCGGUCUCCAGUGUCCAGCCGGUAUGACGUGCUGCGUCGCGCCGGCGAUGACAACGACAACGACCAUGCCACCAUGCGCCGCCACUGGCAUCGCAUGUGUUGCCCCUGCUAGCUGUGUUGCCCCAAUUCCCGGUCUCCAGUGUCCAGCCGGUAUGACGUGCUGCGUCGCGCCGGCGAUGACAACGACAACGACCAUGCCACCAUGCAAUAUACCCGGAGUCCUUUCAUGUAUUGCCUCGAGUUCCUGUGAUCCUGCUGGAAUCGUUCAGGCUCGACAAUGUCCAAGUGGUCAGGUGUGCUGUUCCAGUGCCUUUACUAUAUUACCAAUGACAACAACGACUUUGGCACCAUGUGGUAUGCUUGGGAACCCCGGAACCUGUCAAUCUACCGCUUGUGCUCUAGGGCUGCCGACACUUAGUUGUCCUACUGGUCAAGUGUGCUGUUUUAUGUUACCGGGGUAACCGGCGUUGACAACAACAACAACAACAACAAUAUACGCAAAUGACACGUAGCAGCUGAAGAUACCAAAGGAAAUACUUGUAUGUUACUUGGGGGCAAUAAAUGCACAUAUCAAAGGUU